AUGGACGUACAGAUACCUAUGAAUAUGGACGAGGAAGAUAUCCGGAGGAGUCAACAGGCGAGAAUAAAAAGUGCAUUGGUAGUUGCGAGAAUUGCAGCGCGACAAGAGCCAAAAGAUUUGUAUGCAGAUGCCAGGGGACUGGUGGAUGUCAUCAAAGCCGCCGAUGUCGAAAAGUUCAUUUCCAUGAUCGAAAGGCAUGCCGUUCAAACUGAUCCGUCUGCCAUUUUCAAUUUCCAGGGGCUAUCGAAGGGUUCACUGCUCCACAUUGCAGCCGGGACAGGCAAGGACGACAUUCUAAGGCUCCUGAUUGAUUGUGUUGGUUACGACCUCAUAGCCGCCCCAAAUGAUUGGGGAGAUACGCCCCUCCACAUGGCCGCUAAGGCUGGGGGAUCCGGAGCCGCCUUGAUGUUGAUUCGCCGGGAAAGAGAUCUCCCCAGCAUCAAGGACAACAAAAUGAUCCUGAGGAUGAAGAACAAACAUGGAAACACUGCUUUACACGAGGCCGUGCUUCAUUGUCAUGCCGACGUGGUGUGCCACUUGUUGAGGGAAGAUCUUGAGCCCGUGUACUGGGAGAACAUGGAGCAGAAAUCUCCCCUCUACCUGGCCCUCGACACCAACGACUCCCAGAUACAUGAGGCUUUAUUUUUGGCCUCGAUCGAACCAUCGAGGAUACAAGGCUUGCCACCAGUUCAUGGUGCCGUUCUGCGCGGUAAAGAUGCUUUACUAAAGAAGAUACUCGGCCAAAACAUGCAGCUAUUUGCAAUGACCGACUCCAAAGGUGGUAAUGUAUUCCACUUAGCAGCUUACAUGAAUCAGACCAAAGUAUUCGAAUUCUUGGGACCGCAAACUGAAUAUUUGGCCCGAGAAACGGACAUGAGUGGGGAUCUUCCCAUUCAUAUUGCGGCCAAGAUGGGUUAUGUUGAUCUAAUCCAUAAGCUACAUCCGGUAUCAAAUUUGCUAAAUGGGCAAGGACAAACCGUUCUUCAUGUCGCAGUAAAAUAUGGGAGAACUUCAGCAGUGAGAUAUAUACUCAGUCAUUUAGAACUAGGGAAGCUGAUAAAUGAAAGAGAUCAUGCCGGAAAUACACCUUUGCACUUGGCCGCCAUGCAUUCACAACCCGCCGCUUUGAUUCCUCUUGUGCUGGAUCAAAGAAUUAACCCCUUCCUUCAGAACCGCAAAUGCUUGGCUGCUCAUAACAUUGCUCUAUAUCGCUUCAAAAAGGAGCCUACGUUACGGAAGCAAUUGACAUUAAUGGUAGCAAACUCCACAAUUGGGAAAAGUCCAAAUGAAAGGAGAGACUUAUUCGUACUAAGGCCGGAAGCUCGAGAUGAAGAGUUUUCAAUAUACUCCUUGAACAAAAGCAAGCAAAACAAGGACCAGGUGAAGGAUUUGAUUAAUACCCGUCUGCUGCUGGCAACACUUGUGGCCACUGUGACUUUCGCAGCUGGUUUUGCAGUACCUGGAGGAUUUAACGGCUCGGACAUGGCAUCUGAAGAUGACCGGGGCAUGGCUACAAUGCUGGACAAGAGACUGUUCCAGGCCUUCACAAUUUGCAACACCAUCGCGAUGUUCUGCUCAAUGACCGCGGUCAUCAACCUCAUCUAUGCACAGCAAAAGGACGUCCAAGCUGCAAUAGCUGCAAACCGGCACUCAGUGCUACCGCUAACAAUUGCACUUCCGGCAAUGUCCGUCGCUUUCUUAACUGGUGUCACCUUGACCGUUGGCAAACUCCCUUGGCUUGCCUACUCCAUAUUUUAUUUGGGACUCGUUUUCCUCUUAAUUAUCUCAGGUGCUACAUUGAUAGAGUACCCUCCCUUACUUAAGAGGUAUUGUCAUCCUAUUCGUCGUCCGGUAUUCUGGCUCGUUCUCGCUUACAUUUAUUUGUGGGGAGUUGAGACGUACCUCUUAGAUGACUUGGAAGAUGAUGGAACAACGAGCGGGACCUCAGCUAGUCGGCCUUCAAAUGGUGUCGGUGAUCGAAUGACUGACGACUCGGUGACAGCAAAAUGUGGGGACACACCACAUCCUCCUAGUCACUAA